CCCCGCGUCUUCGUGUUACUGUACUUUCUCUCAAAUUAAACUCUGAGCAGAGGAACCUUUUUUCCCUCCUAAUUCUGAAAAGGGUCGCGCGCGCACAGUCAUGCGCCCCUGGACAUUCCGAGGGACAACCCAGCCGGCCUGACUGCCGGCGCUUCUCCUUCCAAGGCGUGUGUGGGUGGGGAGGCUCCAUCCCGACCCCCGCGGGAAGGAUCGGGCAGGGCGGGUGGGGGAGGAAAGAGAGGCAGGCCGGCGAGCUGCGUCGCGCACCGGAUCCACGCGGAGGAGAGGAGAGGCGCUGCUUUAGCGGCUGCCGCCGCCGCUCCUUCUCUCCCAUCGCUUCCGCCGCCGGCUCGGGCCUGACCCGGGAGUGGAUCUUUGCAGCAGCCGGGCGGCGCUGGGCCGGCGCCGAGGAAGCCACGGCCUCCGCACCUCCUGCCGGCCCGCUGCAAGCAAGGAUGAUCUCCCCGCAGGGACGAGGCGGGGACGUGGCCCGGUUCUACACGGUCACCGAACCCAAGCGCCAUCCUCGGGGAUACACCCUGUAUAAGGUCACCGCGCGGAUUGUUUCUCGAAAAAAUCCAGAAGAUGUCCAAGAGAUAGUCGUUUGGAAGAGAUACAGUGACUUUAAGAAAUUGCACAAAGAACUCUGGCAGAUUCAUAAACACUUAUUCAGGCAUACAGAAUUGUUUCCUCCUUUUGCUAAAGCAAUAGUAUUUGGGCGAUUUGAAGAAAGCGUGAUUGAAGAGAGGAGACAGUGCGCAGAAGACUUGCUUCAGUUCUCUGCCAACAUCCCGGCGCUCUUUAACAGCAAGCAGCUUGAAGAUUUCUUUAAGGAUGGAGAAGUACAUGCUGGGUCUGAAUUGAUUGGCCCUGCAGAUCCUCUGUUGGAUUCCUUGACAGACAGCCUGUCGGUCUGCAGUUCUGAAGCUCGGAAGGAUGCCGGUCUCCUUGAUGACGUGACACUCAGCCAGUCAGAGUAUGGAGGUUUCUCAAGCGACAGCGACCUGAUCUCUUUGACCGUUGAUGUGGACUCCCUUGCUGAGUUAGAUGAUGGAAUGGCAUCUAACCAGAAUUCCCCCAGCAGAUCCUUCAGCCUCAGCUUUCCCACUGAACCGCUGGCGCAGGUCUCUGCCAUUUCGGACCACGAAUGGAGCAAACCCGAUGGCGAGAGGGAAAGCCGGGGCCUGUUCACUGGGAGCUUAAAGGCCAAGCUUGGCAGGCGAGAUUACCUGGACAAGGCAGGGGAGCUGAUAAAGCUGGCCUUGAAGAAGGAGGAAGAGGAAGACUAUGAGGCUGCCUUUGGCUUUUAUAGGAAAGGAGUGGAUCUGCUCCUGGAAGGAGUGCAAGGGGAGUCAAGUCCAACACGCCGUGAAGCAGUGAAGAGGAAGACUUCGGAAUAUCUGAUGCGAGCAGAAAAAAUUUCAAGCCUCUAUUGUAAACCCUCAUCAGAAGACGGUUCGGUUUCUGGACCUCCAGGAUCACUAAGUUCAAGGCCCUCUUGGAACCUAAGGAGCCCUGCCGAGGAACUGAAGGCCUUUAGAGUCCUUGGGGUGAUUGACAAGGUUUUGCUGGUAAUGGAUACUAGGACACAGCAGACAUUUAUACUGAAGGGUCUAAGGAAAAGUAGCGAGUACAGCAGGAAGAGAAAGACCAUCAUCCCCCGCUGUGUGCCCAACAUGGUGGCCCUGCACAAGUACAUCAUCUCGGAGGAGUCGGUCUUCCUUGUACUGCGCCAUGCGGAAGGAGGCAAGCUGUGGUCUUAUAUCAGUAAGUUCCUCAACAGAAGCCCCGAAGAAAGCUUUGAAGAGCCCAAAUCCAGAAGAUCGAGUUCUACCAAAAUACAUUUGCACCAGGCAACUCCUAGCCCUCAAGAUAUUGGCAGCAGCAUUGACUCUAGAGGAAGCAAUGGUGGUGACAUGCUGAAGGUGUUACCGCUGAAGACCAGUCUCACUCCAAGUUCUCAAGAUGGCAGUAGUAACCAGGAAGAUGGCCAGGAAAGUUCUCUCAAGUGGAUUGAUUCGGGGUCCAGUUCAGAGGAAGAAUGCACUACAAGUUAUCUAACCUUAUGCAAUGAAUAUGGUCAAGAAAAGGUCGACCCCGGAUCGUUAAAUGAGGAGCCUAUUCUGAAAACAGACAAUGGCAAUCUCAUUACCAAAGAACAGGGAGGCAUCAAGGCACGUGAUGAGCCUGCCAGUGGGAAUUUGGGGUCCCCAUUCACAUCUCAGGAAGUAAACUUUUUUGCCGACGACGUUGAUCAAGAAAUUGUUAGUCCCACCCGAAUAUCAGAAUCAUUAAGUAAAUCCAAGAACAGCCCCAUGGAAUUCUUCAGAAUUGACAGCAAAGACAGUGCCAGUGAACACCUGGGGCUGGAUUUUGGAGAUAAACUUUACAGCUUAAAAUCUGAGUCUUUGAAACAGUUUUUGUCCAUGCCAGAUCAGGAGAAGAGCCUCGAUGCCAUAGAAAACAAACUGGGCCCUGCCUACCAGGACACAAUCAGCAGGGGCUCCAAUGACUCGGUGCCCGUGAUCUCCUUCAAGGAUGUCGCCUUCGACGAUGUGAGUAGCGUGGACGAAGGAAGACCUGACCUUCUGGUCAACCUGCCAGGCCUCACGGAGCAAACGAAAGAAGCCACGGCAGACGGGCCGGCUAAGCUGGCGGAGCAGAAGGGUGACAAUUUGGAGAGCAAACUUUUGGAAACCCCUGACGUCUUGCAAUUGAAUAACAGCGCAGAGCAAUGCAGAGGAGGCCUUGAGCCAAAGGUGGACCAGGUGGUGGGAGAAGACACUCAGGAAGCGAUCAGGACAUUCCACAGAGCUGCUAGUGACCCAGUUGGCUCCGGGGAUAGGACUCUCUUUGGAGGGCUUGGAGCAGCCUCUGCGUCAUCACUGGACGCAUUCGGUGUGCAGGGAAGGUUGCUGACUUCUAAGGCGCAAGCGGGUGCUGAAGAACGUAGCUUAGAUUUGGACAACGAGGCUGUUCUGCUGUUUUCUGAUCAGGCGGAAGACUUGAGUAAAGAGGAAACCGCCUCUGCUAUGUUUCACAAAGCAGAACGCAAAGAGUCAGGUGCGAGGGGCAGAGGAGAGAAUGAGAUACACCAGAUAUUUCAGGACCUCGACGAGAGAUUAGCGCUAACCUCCAGAUUUUACCUCCCUGAGGGCUGCGUUCAGAGAUGGGCAGCUGAAAUGGUAGUAGCCCUUGAUGCCUUGCAUCGAGAAGGAAUUGUGUGCCGUGAUUUGAACCCAAACAACAUCUUAUUGAAUGAUCGAGGACACAUUCAGCUAACGUAUUUUAGCAGGUGGAGUGAGGUUGAAGAUUCCUGUGACAACGAUGCCAUAGAGAGAAUGUACUGUGCCCCAGAAGUUGGCGUUGUCUUUGAAGAAACGGAGGCCUGCGAUUGGUGGAGUCUAGGUGCUUUGCUCUUUGAACUUCUGACGGGGAAGACUUUGCUGGAGUGCCACCCAGCAGGAAUAAAUACCCACACCUGUUUGAACGUGCCAGAUCACAUCUCAGAAGAGGCAAGAUCACUCCUUCAACAGCUUUUGCAGUUCAACGCUGUGGAGCGUCUUGGUGCUGGAAUCGCUGGAGUUGAAGACAUAAAAUCCCACCCCUUUUUUGCCCCCAUCGACUGGGCGGAAUUAACAAAGUGAUAAGGUGCGAUGAGUCCACGGCCCAUGUUUACAGAUACCUUUCUUGGCUGGCUGCCAUCAUAAAGGUUCUCGGAUCUUCUGGGCAAGGAUGAAUAAAGUUGGAGACUGGAAAGGCAUCAAAGAGAGAACAGUUUUAGCCAGAAUUGAGGACUAGGCCAAACUAAGGUGUGGUCUACACUGAUGGGCACUGUAUUUAGUAGUCCUUUUUGGCCAGGAUGAGAUGUGAUGCUGAUCAUGCCCCACUCUCUGUCUUUGUUCUGUUUUGGAGAAACAAUGCUGUACAUUUCUUCACCCCACUUUUCAUGUUUUUGGCAGCCAUUUGGGAUUGGGGUGACGAAUGCAUGGGAACGGGGAGCUCAACACAGAACUGGAAGUUUUUGGUGGCGACCUGUGUUCGUGAUCCCAUCUGGUUUGAGUACUUGGGAAUUACGUAUAAUGGAAUGCACCUUUUGUGUUUCUCUUGUAAGUCAUGACGGAGUUGCGGCACUCCUGUUGUACAUGCCAAGCUCCUCUUGCAUAUGCCAGCUGGAAAUAGCCCUCCCCCUCUUUUUAUAGUGUCAAUGUACUCCUUCCCUAAGCUAGACGCAGCUGAGGUUGGGGAACGGGGAGAAGAAUAACUUAUUAAUAACAUAUGCUAAAUAAAAUGCUAUGGUGUUUCUGCAAAACUUGACAUGUAACAUGUAUAUCUCUGUAUGUUUGCUGAGUGAGGGGGGCGUACAUAGCAUUAUGUAAUGUAACUCCAGAAUGAUUGCCUAACAUCUGUCAAAAGAUGGAAGAGGGCAAUCUGGCUACUCUUAUCUUGUGUACGUUGGUUGGCAAUGCUUGUUUUAAAGCACUAACUCUAACCUCCAGUGAAUUACAUGUUUUAAGUCACUACAAGACAGGAUAUCUCUCAGCCUGAUCAUGAUUGCUUUAGUAGUUGAACUUGGAGCAAGGCAAGAAGAUGCUGACUAAGUGUGCAGAUAUAAAUGUUUGGAUAUAUAUAUAUAUAUAUAUAUUUAACAAAGCUGCCACAUUCCUGUUUAGGCUAUUUUAGGUCUCAUCUGUACAGGCAGAUAAAAAUCAAGUGCUAUGGAAUUCAUUACCUGUCUCAUCUCAGAUUGCAGGUGGGGAACCUUUGGGAUGCUUUCCCAUUUCAGAACCUCCUUGGACUCUCCUUCCUUGGAGGUUUUUAAGCAGAGGUUGGACAACUAUCUGUCAUGGAUGCUUUAGCUGAGAAUCCUGCAUUGCGGGGCGGGGGCGGUUGGAUUAGAUGGCCCUUGGGGUCCCUUCCAACUCUACAGUUCUGUGAUUCUGUCACCAUGGAAAGCUAACAUAUCAAGCAUUAGUGCCGGCCCACCUCCCCUCCCUGCAAAGCUAAAGAAGGGCUUUUUUUUAAUGGGAAAAGACAGUUGUGGUGUUAUGUUUUGGCUUUUUCUUUUUUCAUGUGGGAAUGCUGAACCGUGCAGGAUCCCACCUGCAAAAUGGAAUCGUGUACCACACGAUCUAUUUGCAUGUGCAUAUUAAUUCUGAAAAAUGUCGUUUUGCCGCCUCCUAGAUUCCACUGCCGCCCUGUUUCUUCAUUCAGAAACACCCAAUAAAUAUGUGUUUGGGUCUUACCUAUGUGCAUCCCUCCUAAGGAGGAGAGAGCCUCCAAAUUGGCGUGCUUAGAUUUGAAAUGGGGUCAUCUUAAAUUGCUUCACUAAGAAGCACAUUGGAAGCCUUCCAUAUGCAACAGAAUUCUACCAUUUUGAAUUCCAUGGCACUUGCUGUGGGCAAGUUUCUGACUACAUGUAUGGGCUGUCCACAAGAAGAUGGCUGUCCUUUUCUGGAAAACAAUCGCUCUUUUCAAACAGAUUGUUCACUAAGAAGCUGUUUCAGGUGGGUUGUAGGCCCACCAACUGCUUAAGUCCAUAAAAACCAUGGUAGUUCUGCCAUUGAUACUUAAAACAUGUUGGUAAUUUUGCCAGAGGGAGAAAAAAAGGAGACGAUACUGCGGGCUGCAGAUGUUUUGAGGGAAGGGAGUGGGGGAAAUAAAGCACUCAAAGUUGAUAUUUCUAUCUAAAUAAAGAGAUUUUCUUUUUAAAAAA